AUGCAGAGAGCUCGCUCUGAGCAACUAAGGGAUGAACGCCGCUUAACGUUCAAAGCUGCGAAGUUGGCCCUUAACAAGGCCAUCAGUAGUAGUAAAAGAAAGUGUUUUGACAACCUAUGCCUGAACGCCAAUGCUAAUCCUUGGGGCGAUGCCUACAGGAUAGUAAUGGCGAAAACCAGAGGGGUGCUGGCGCCUCCCGAACAGUCGACGAAAAUGUUGAAUCGCAUUAUCGAGGUUCUCUUCCCGUCCCAUGCCACAAAUCGUUGGCCACCUCCAGCACCGCAGAACGCGAGUGCGGCUGAAGUGGCAGCGGUGACGAAGGAAGAGUUUCUUGCGGUGGCCUGCACCCUCGACACGAACAAAGCUCCGGGGCUCGACGGAGUGCCAAACCUCGCUCUGAAGGCUGCGAUCAUGGCUAACCCAGACAUUGUUUUAAGACUGAAGUUCCCCCCAGGUGUUAAGAUCGUUGGCUUCGCUGACGACAUAACGCUGGAGGUUUACGGAGAGUCGAUUGUUGAGGUGGAACUGACGGCGGCCCACGCGAUCGAUAUACUUAGCGAUGUAGAUAAAUUUUCGUACUUAGUGUCGACACUUUCGAAGGAAGCCAAACGUGUGAUCGAAGUGAUUGAUGUUACAUCCGCAAACUAUUCCGUAGCGUGGGAAUUAUUAGAAAAGCGGUACGAAAACAAAUACCUCAUUGUUAAGUCGUACAUUGAAGCACUUUUCGGUGUCGAGUCGAUGAAGAAGGAGUGUCAUGAGGCUCUCAACAAACUCAUCGACGAAUACGAACGUAACCUUCGAAUGUUAGAGAAGGUUGGAGAACAUCCGGAAAACUGGAGCACACUUCUUGUGUUCAUGCUCAGUUCCAAACUCGACCCAGUUACCAUGCGUCAAUGGGAGACGCAUAGAAGAUCUUCCAAUGUUCCUACGUACGAAGAGCUGAUUGAUUUCCUGAGAAGCCACAGUUUAAUUCUGCAAUCGGUAACAACCUCGAAGCCUCGACCAUCUGACCUUUCUCGUUCAACUCCAACAUAUCACAAUAUCCCCUCCAAGUCAGCCUCGGCUCAUUCAGCCUUUUCGUCACAACCACACAAAAUGUGUGCCUUUUGUAAGCAGUCUUCACAUUCACCUUUCCAUUGUGAAGUCUUUCGGAAAAUGACACCUACCGAGCGGUUCGAUGCUACGAAGAAGAACGCAUUGUGUAUUAACUGUCUUUCGCCAUCCCAUCAACUGAAGAACUGUUCGAGUGGAGCCUGUCGUGUGUGCAACCAAAAACAUCAUACGAUGCUGCAUCAAAGAACCAACCCAUCAUCCAGCCAACAAGCCCACACCCAAUCAUCGAAGUUAUCGUCGUCGUCUGGUUCGCAGUCAUCCUCUUCGCCUUCCGCUCACAUAAACCACUCGCAGUCCUCUCAUGCAAGUAAGUUCUCCACUUCGUCGAAUGAGACCCAAGCCCCCACCAACUCUGCCCUUCCAACUCAACACGUCUCUCUGUCGACCAUCGAGCAACAUCAUCGCGUUCCAUCAACUGUGCUGCUCUCAACAGCCCUGGUGAAGAUUUUCGAUCCGGCGGGUCAAUCGUUGUGGGCGCGUGCUCUUUUGGAUUCCGGUUCUCAACUCAAUUUUGUAACGGAGCAGCUUGUCCAGAAGCUGAAGCUGAAACGGACGAAAGAUUUUCUACCAAUCAGCGGAGUCGGACUUUCUUCUACAUCUUCCAAAUAUUCGGUCGUCGCCCGCAUCCAGUCUCAUCACGCUGAUUUUGAGACCAAUUGGCGAUUCCAUGUUCUUCCAAAAAUCACGAUGGAGUUACCAAAUCAAGCGGUGGAUGUUUUAAGUCUUCCAUUUCCAUCGGACAUCGUGUUAGCAGAUCCAUCCUUCGGACAACCAGGCCCAAUCGACUUAAUCUUCGGCGCAGAAAACUUCUUCGAUUUGUUACGAGAAGGACAAAUAAAAAUAGGACCUAAUCAGCCCAGCUUGCAGAACACAGCGUUAGGAUGGGUGGUGUCAGGGAAAGUCAAGUCAGGAAUUCCACAAUCUUCCAUUGUAAACAUCGCUUACUCCACUUCUACCAUCGAAGAACAAUUGGCACGAUUCUGGGAGAUUGAGUCGUGUCACUCAAGCAGCACAUUAUCGUUAGAAGAAGCAGCAUGUGAGCAGCAUUUUGCUCGAAACACAGUUCAGGAUUCUACCGGACGGUUCAUCGUUACUCUGCCAAAGAGAGAAUCAGAAUUCGCAAGGCUUGGUAGCUCGAAAGUCAUAGCCACUCGUAGGUUCCUAUCCUUGGAACGCCGACUCAAUGCCGACCCACAGCUAAAACAAGCAUACACAGCGUUUAUCAAUGAGUAUGAGCAAUUGGGACAUAUGAAGCUGAUAGAUAAUCCAGAUCCACGCCAUCCAGCGUACUAUCUCCCACACCACUGCAUCGUUCGACCAGAUAGCACCACCACGAAGUUGAGAGUGGUGUUCGAUGCAUCCUGUUCGACUGACACCGGAAUGUCUUUGAAUGAUGCCCUCAUGGUUGGUCCGCAAGUGCAAGAUGACCUAGUUUCGAUAAUACUGCGGUUUCGCAUCCCUCAAUUCGCUGUCAUUUCUGACAUCGAAAAAAUGUAUAGGCAAAUUGGGAUGAACUCUGUCGAUCAGCAACUCCAGCUUAUUCUUUGGAGAGAUUCGCCCUCCGAAACAAUGCGAACCUAUCAACUCACAACUGUGACAUACGGAACGUCUUCGGCUCCAUAUCUCGCCACGAAAUGUCUCCAAACUCUCGCCGAAAUUGGAUCAGAAAGCCAUCCUGCAGCCGCAGUUGCCAUAAGAAAAGACUUCUACAUGGACGAUCUGCUCACUGGUGCCAACAGUUUAGAAGAAGGCCAGGAACUGGUCAAACAAUUAAACCAGCUGACGAAUUCUGUUGGACUACAACUUCGAAAGUGGGCGUCUAACAAUCCUCAGAUCCUUCAAGUCGUUCCUGAUCUCAUGAAGGAUGAACGUACUCUUUUCGAACUCGAGCCCGCCUCUCCGGUAAAGACACUGGGUCUACACUGGAAUACUAGCACUGAUGAAUUCUGUUUCGAAGUGCCAAAGCACAGUAACUCCUUCCCAAUCACGAAACGUAUCGUACUUUCGGAUAUCGCACGGCUUUUUGACCCUCUGGGACUUGUUGGUCCAAUUGUAGUGCAAGCAAAGCUGUUCAUGCAAGAGUUGUGGAGAGAAGGUAGGACAUGGGACGAUGAACUGAAUGAGUGUGCUCAACGUCGUUGGAUGGAAUUUCGUGACAACCUUCAGGACAUUGCAAGCAUAAGUAUUCCUCGUUGGGUCCUCUCUACUCCCACUGCAAUCUCUGUAGAAUUGCAUGGGUUUUGUGAUGCGUCCAUUCGUGCAUAUGGUGCAUGCAUUUAUGUCAGGAUAGUCGCAUCGAACGGAGAAAUUUUCGUGAACCUUCUAACCGCAAAAUCCAAGGUUGCGCCACUUGGAAACUCGAAGAGGAAUCCAUCUAUAACGUUGCCAAGGCUCGAACUUUCUGCAGCAUUGCUUCUUAGCCAUCUGAUCGAAAAGGUUGAAUCCAGCAUAGAUCUGCACGCUAAACAUUUCUUUUGGACUGAUUCGACUAUAGUCUACCACUGGCUUUCUUCAAGCCCUUCCCGUUGGAAAACUUUCGUGGCUAAUCGGGUGUCAGAGAUCCAACAGAUCACUGCAAAUGGAAUCUGGGCGCACGUACCCGGGUUAGAAAACCCAGCGGACGUAAUAUCUCGCGGAAUGCCUCCGAAUGAAUUGAAGGAUUUCGCCCCGUGGUGGAACGGUCCAGAUUGGCUUCGACAACCAUCUCGGUUUUGGCCAUCGCUCACCUCUCCAGUGGAGGAAAACUUUUCAUCGGAUCAACUAGAAGAACGUACCGUUGUUCUACCAGCUCUAGUGCGGAAAACGAACGAAUUGUUCUCGCUUUAUUCGUCGUUUACUAGAUUAACAAGGAUUGUAGCUUUAAUCCUUAGAUUUCGGUUUAACUCUAACCCUGUUAACCGUACUGAGAGACGCACGGGAUUCUUAUCAACAGAAGAACUAGCUGGAAGUACAGAAAAACUGGUUAGGAUUGCUCAAGAAGAGCGAUUUUCUCAAGACAUCGCCGAUGUAAUUCGCGAUGGACAGGUAAAAAAGAGUUCAAGAUUGAAAACGCUUUCGCCACGGUUUGCUAAUGGUAUAUUGCGUGUUGGUGGCCGGUUAAGGAACGCACCGGUCCCGUUUAAUCAACGACAUCCCAUGAUACUGCCGGACAAACAUCCGCUAACUGAUCGAAUUCUGAACUUCUAUCAUCUCAACAAUCUUCACGCUGGACCUCAACUGAUAACUGCAGCUGUGCGGGAACGAUUCUGGCCACUUCGUCUCCGUGAUCAAGCACGGCAAGUGGUGCACUCGUGUAUAAGAUGUUUCCGCUGCAAACCCGAAGUUAUGGAACAGCUGAUGGGAGAAUUGCCGUUAGAACGUGUCACCCCAACACAGCCCUUCCUCCGUUCUGGGGUCGACUACUGUGGGCCCUUCUACUGCCGUUCAAGUAGAAAAGGAGCACCAAUCAAGUGUUAUGUCGCCAUUUUUGUCUGUAUGGUGACAAAGGCAGUUCACGUCGAAUGUGUUGCAGAUUUGUCCACCAGUUCAUUUAUCGCUGCAUUAAGACGUUUCGUGGGUCGAAGGGGCAAGCCACAACUUAUCGAGUGCGAUAACGCACUAAACUUUAGAGGAGCUAAACGAGAACUAGAUGAACUUGUCCGUCUCUUUGGAUCACAACAUCAUCAGCAUCUCGUAACAAGCAGUUGCGCUGAAGACGGGAUUGCUUUCAAGUUCAUACCGCCAAGAUCUCCUAACUUUGGCGGACUCUGGGAGGCGGCUGUUAAGUCGCUCAAGAAGCAUCUUCGAAGUACUUUGGGCAAUAUUAUGCUAACACAGGACGAAUUGCUAACCCUGCUCAUUCAAGCUGAAGCCUGUCUCAACUCUCGCCCCCUAACACAGGUUACUGCAGACCCCAAUGAUCUGGAGGUACUCACUCCUGGGCAUUUUCUAGUGCAUCGUCCACUCAUCGCGGUGCCUGAGCCAAGCCUGGCUGAAGUACCGAUCAAUCGGCUAGAUAGGUAUCAACAGACACAAGAAUACCUCCGUCGAAUCUGGAAGCAGUGGCAGUCUGAUUAUCUUUCCGGACUGCAACCUCGAACCCGGUGGACACAGCAACGUGACAAUAUCAAGGUGGGCACGAUGGUUCUAUUGAAGGACGACAACCUUCCACCGCUCAAGUGGAGACUAGGACGAGUGACGCAGGUAUUCCGAGGGGACGACGAGUACAUUCGAGUGGUAACGGUCCGUACACGAGACGGUGAAUUUCGACGCGCCAUUACGAAGAUCUGCGUUUUACCCAUUCAGCAGCCUGGCGGUGAUCCCACCGCUGACGUACUUAAUGGAAAUUAG